AAAGGGUUUGCUCGGAACGGCGGCAAGUAGUAACGUUGCAAAAACGAAGACCAAGACUGGAAGGACGAUCAGGGAGAUGGACGGCAUCGGGCAGCAGGGCUCACUCACUACGCAGUAUCUGGUGGAACUGAGAGGACGAAUGCGAAUGGACUCGCAGAGACGCCGGCGGACGGAGCAUGUUCUCGCGCGACAGUUGAUACCGAAUAAAUUCAUUCAUCGCUUUAGAAACGCACGAUCAAAUAUCCCAAGUUCCCUAUCUUGGAAAGGUGGCGUUUAGACCUUGCUAAAACAGAGCCGUCAUCACCUAUUGAUCCUUA